AUGACUGCAAGCUCUAUUGAUACGUCUCAUGUCAAUACUCGCCUUAUCGAUGUUGAUAAAGAACAGUUGAAUACACUUACUCCUUUACUUGGUUAUUCCGAAGAACCUCUUGUAUCAUUAAACAAAGCUGUUGUGAAAUUGCGUGAUUUGGUCGAUAAUGUCGAAUCAUACGCACGGAUAGCCAUGAAUGAAUGUAAAAAUCCAGCCGAUGACCUCACCCAAGAUGAAUCUGCCGCCAUUUCUUUGUAUACAAUUGAUUGGGAUCCCGGUCAUCGGAGUCUUUAUUCAGUUCUGAAUCGAACACUUCGCGAUGAAAAUCGAAAGAAACUUAUUCCUUGGUUUCCUUACUUGAAAUUGAUAUUUGUCGCCUUGUUUAAAUUACCGUCAACUCAAGGCACCGUUUGGCGAGGGGCUCGCGGCGAUUUACGCUCCCUUUACAAAGAAGGUGAUAAUAUUACAUGGUGGGCAUUCAGUUCGUGUACAACUGCCGUCAACGUUCUGGAACGCGAGCAAUAUUUGGGCACAUCAGGUCCACGCACACUUUUUGCAAUUGAUUGUGUAAAUGGAAAAGACAUAAAGCAUCAUUCUUACUAUUCACAGGAAGAGAUAUUGCUUCUUCCAUGUACAUAUUUCAAAGUCAUUAGUCAUUUCAGCAGUAUGAAAGAUCUUUAUAUUAUUCAUUUGCGUGAAAUUGCACCGCCAUUCAUACUUCUCGAACCACCGAAUUCUAUGCUAGCAGGUAAGAACAAUAUUAAAUAUACCUAG